AUGUGCUGCGUUAUCUUCAUCGAUAUAAUCACAGUAAUUAAUGAAUGGCGGUUGUUUAGGGGUGGCUAUAGAUUGCGUCCACACUAUUUUGAAUUUUGGCAAGGUCAAACUGAUCGGAUACAUGAUCGUAUUGUAUUUGAAAAAGGAGCUGAUGAAACGGAUGGUUGA